UUGAACAUCAAGAAGAAAGAGCGCAAAGAUGAUGGUGGCCGGAGGCCCGCCGUGGGCGAACGAAAGGCGCAACGAACCCGUGUCGUGAUCAGCAACACGAACGCCCUCAACGUGCCGGACAUCGAAUUGAUGACCGCGGAGGGUGUGGUGGACGAGAACAAUGUUGGUAAAGUGAUGGCGUUGCCGGUCACGACGGUUGACUCCUUGCGGGCGGUUGGAGCGUUCAAGAACACCCAAGGUUGGAAGUUCUUCAGGACUCCUUCAACGUUGAUCAGAAAGGAGACCGUGGAGAUGGCACGGAAGCUUGAUGAAGCUGCCAAAGGAGAAGCUAUACGGCAGGUUCUUAUAGGGGAGAAGAAGAGCGGAAAGAGCGUACUGCUGCUUCAGGCGUUGGCGCAUGCGUUCAUGCGCGAUUGGGUAGUGAUCAACUAUCGGGAGGCUCGAGAAUUAACAAUGGGCUUCACCGAUUACGCUCCGAUACCAAACACCGAUCCAACCCGCUAUAGCCAACCCGCUCUCACGGCUACCCUCCUCACAUCAAUUGUCCAGGCCAACCGCGACAUUCUCUCCAAGCUCACAACCGCUCUCACCCAUAACCCUCCCGUGACCCUUCCCCAGGGCACCUCCCUCCUCCGUCUCGCCGAGCUAGCGACCAAUGACCCCGACAUCGCAUUACCUGUGUUCCACGCUCUCUGGUCCGAGCUGACGUACAAACCCCCGGCCGAUGCACCGCCUGCCUCCCAGCGACCGCCCGUCCUCCUUGCCGUUGAUGCCCUUGCUCACUUUAUGCGUCCUUCCGCGUACCUUUCCGCCGACGCGCAAACCAUCCAUGCCCAUGACCUGGAUCUCAUCCAGCACUUCUCGUCGUGCCUCUCCGGCGCGUCCGCCUUGCCGAACGGGGGCGCGGUGAUCGCGGCGAUGAACAACUCGGAUGUACCGAGCGCCAAGUCGUUGAAUUUUGCGCUGGCACGAGCGGAGGCUAUUCAGAAGGCGAAGAAGGCGGAAGGAGAGGCGGUUGACGUUCCGACCUGGAACCCCUAUGAGGAGCUAGACGAGAGAGUGUUUGGAUGCUUCGACCCCGCGGUGGUGGAAGUGGUUAGACUAGGCGGAGUAAGUAAGGAGGAGGCGCGUGGGGUGAUGGAUUAUUGGAUCAAGAGCGGGAUGUGUAGGAAAGAGAUGAGGUCGAAGAUGGUGAACGAGUUGUGGACAUUGAGUGGAAGGGGAGUGAUUGGGGAGCUUGAAAGA